AUAUAUUAAAGCCAAAUGCAUAUUGAAAACAAAAUAUGCGUGAGCAACAUCAAUAGCACGUGAAGCGCACUUUUUUUUAAGCUAACCCCCCUAAGUACCGUUUUAAUCUAAGUUCGUUUAACCGACAAUUUGAUUACUUGUAUUGGAGGUAUUUUGUUGGCAUGGCUGGUGUUUUAUUUGAAGACAUAUUCAAUGUCAAGGACAUGGAUCCCGAAGGCAAAAAGUUUGAUCGUGUUUCUCGCUUGCAUUGUGAAUCUGAAUCCUUUAAAAUGGACUUGAUAUUGGAUAUAAAUUCUUGGUUAUAUCCUAUGGAAUUGGGCGAUAAAUUUCGUUUAGUUCUAGCCACUACAUUACGUGAGGACGGUUGCCCCGAUGCCGGCGAAUAUAAUCCUCUCGAACACGAUGGAAGUCGAGCUGAUAGUUUUGAAUAUGUUAUGUUCGGCAAAGUAUAUCGCAUAGAAGGUGAUGAAGCGCAUAAUGAAGCAUCGUCUCGCCUGUCAGCAUACGUAUCAUUCGGUGGUCUAUUAAUGCGCCUGCAAGGUGAUGCAAAUAAUUUGCAUGGUUUUGAAGUGGACCAACAAAUGUAUUUAUUGAUGAAGAAACUAGCUUUUUAAAAUCAUUUCACUUUUUUUGAUAUGAGUUGCUCAUAAGAUAGAAUAUAAUAACAAAUUACGUGUGUACAGUUAAGAAAUCCUAAAAGAUGAAAGCAAUAUAAAUAGAAAUAGAUAGAAGCAUAUUAACUCGAUACUUUAGAUAUAUGCUGUAGAUAUUAUUGUAUGAGUUUCAAGUCUCAACAUUAUAUAAAAUAAGAAAAUUUAAGUUCGUAAAU